AUGAAUGCUACGGUAUACACAGAGUGCUUUCCCCCUGCGCCAACAUGGUCCAUUGACGAUAUGCCGAACCAGACGGGCCGCGUCGUGAUCGUGACGGGCGGCAACUCGGGCAUCGGCCUCGAGACCGUGCGGGCGCUGCUCCGCAAGGGCGCCAAGGUGUACAUGGCUGCGCGCAACGAGGCCAAGGCACGCAAUGCGUUUGUCAAGCUGCGCGAGGACACGGCGACGGCCGCCGGCGCGGUCGACUUCCUCCACCUGGACCUGGCGAGUUUCCGGAGUAUCGAGCAGUUUGUGCGCGACUUUCAGCGCCGCGAAGAGCGUCUCGACCUUCUCUUUAAUAACGCAGGGCUCUUGGUGCCGAAGGACAAUGGCGAAAAGACGUCCGAAGGCUACGAGAUCCACAUGGGCGCAAACGGCCUCGGCGUGUACUAUCUCACGCAGCUGCUGAUCCCCUUUCUCAAGAUGUCGUACAGCCUGAACCCCGCGCGCCCCCCGCGCGUAUGCUUCACGUCGAGCCUUGGGCACCGCGCCGCACCAAAGUGCGGCUUUGAUCCGUCGGAUCCCAGCGGCGCCAACAUCCGCUUCCGCAUGCUCCCGCGCGAGGUGCAGGCAUACGCGAACAGCAAGAUGGCCAACCUGCUCUCGGCGCGCAAGAUGCACCGCACCUACGGCAAGGACGGUAUUAUUUUCAACGCGUGUAACCCCGGCAACAUUAAAUCAGCCCUCACGCGCGACGUGUCCGGCCCGUCGGUUUUGCUCCUGAACCAUGUCGUGAACCCCUACUUUUUGCACGCGCCCGAGCUCGGCGCACUGACGCAGCUCUACGCAAAUACCUCGCUGGAAGCCGGCGAGGACGGCGGCGUGUACUACAUUCCGUGGGCGCGCCGCGGCGAGUCGGUUCCUGCGGGAAACAGCACCGAGGCACAGGACAAACUGGCCGCCUACUUUGACGCACAGAUUGCGCAACACGCCCGCCCUGUUUAA